GUUCAGUUACGUCAUCAGUCCGUAAUAAUUUCUGUAGUAGCUACUUCGCUGGUGUAGAUUUGUCCGUGUUUUUUCCACUCAGUUGUAAACUUCUGAACAAAGAAUCAUGAUGCCAGGAAGGCAGUCUUGUUUGUCAGAUAAUCCCUUGGGUUUAUCAUGGCAUGACAGCGCUUGGAUACCAUUGCUGAACCCAAGCAACAUCAUGGAAUAUUUCUCUGAACGCAGUAAUCCAUUCUUUGAUCGAACUUGCAACAAUGAGAUUGUUAAGAUGCAACGGCUGAAUCCAGAACAACUAAACAAUAUGACGGGGUUGGAAUACAUCCUGCUCCACGUGCAAGAGCCUAUUCUUUAUGUCAUCCGAAAACAACACCGUCAUUCGCCUACACAUGCCACACCAUUGGCUGACUAUUAUAUUAUAGCUGGAAUUGUGUACCAGGCUCCGGAUCUUAUCUCUGUCAUCAACUCCAGAAUUAUAUCAACAGUUCAUCAUCUGCAGUCUGCAUUUGAAGAAGCGAAUUCAUAUUCACGAUAUCACCCUUCAAAAGGAUACUCAUGGGAUUUAAAGGAGCGGAAGGUUCCAGAACGCUUAGCAGCAAAGAAAGAGACACAGCGUGAAGAACCAAGUUCUCUCUUCCAACGCCACCGUGUUGACAUGCUUCUGGCUGAACUGACUCGGAAGUUUCCCAUUCCUGUUGCCGCACCACCUCAGAAACAGCCUGCUCCAGAAGAACUGAAGACGGAGGCUCGAGAAGUGAAGACAGAAAAACCUGACACUCCACGUAACAUGAAACCACCACCCGAAAAGAAACCAAGACUGUCCUAAUAGUAACAGCAGGGUGAGGGGGGUGAUCAUUCUGGAUUACAUGUUCUUUUAUAAACGGUGUAUAAAAUGUCUUUCAUUAAAUAAAUUUUCACAAGGUAAAA